CUAUAUAUACUCUCUCCGUAACUUUAAAAUCUUCCCACUUUCCCUCCUUUUUCGUCCGUAACAAAAAAAUCUUCUCAUUUCUAAAUCUUCCCAUCAUAGCCUCAAUAAUUCUGAAAAUAAUACACUUUUACAACUACUUUUUUUGGAUUUAUCCUACAUUCCAUCACCUUAUUCCACUAUCUUCCUAUCAUACCCUCAAUAAUUCAUAUUCUCUUUCACUAUUCUUAAUCUACCUACUUUUCAAAUGGGAAGAUUUUAAAGUUACGGAGGGAGUAUAUUAAAUCGAGUUAAGUGAAGUUCCCAUUCAUCUGUUUAGGGUAUUUUUGUAAAAUCCUUAUCAUUUACUGAUCGCUUCUAUCAUAUCACUACUUUCAGAAGUUCUAGCAUCGCUGAGAGCAUCCUCCUCCUACACGGCUCUUUGGAGUUUCAGCACAGUUCUUCAAUUCCUUUGACAUCUGUUGGUCACGCGCUUGCUAUCUCCAACUUUCUCACUCCAUUAUUUCUGAUUCUAUCCAGAUAUCCUCCGCUGUUCUGAAGACGGAUGGCUAUUUCUUUCAAUCUAUUUCUACUUCAGUGACUCCUAAGUAUCUGACUUCAAAGAUUCCAAGGCAUCCCGAUGUAUAUGAGCUUUCCUUCUAUUUUCCAGCCAGAGAGUUUGCUACCAUAUACCGCUUCGAGACUCAAAGUUUCUGAUUUUGGAUUGACUGCUCUCUCCAGCAAAUCAGGAUAAUCGCAUGGUUAUCUACCCCUUACCCUUGCAAUGGUUUUCAUAGCAAAUACGGGUAAUCGUAUGGUUUUUGUAAGUUCCCUCAGGAGAAGAAACCUUUUCCAGUUCUACAGGCUUGAAGUCAAUUAAAGUUAUCACAAAGAAAAGCUACCAUGAAAAGUAAGGUAUUAUCUUGAUUAUAUUCCCAAAAAUCUCAUUGUUUUGUUUUUCUUUUUUUCGUCUCCGUAUAUAAACCCCAAAAGAGCUUGUGAUAUUUACCAGCCACACAAAGGAGUUUUUUGUAUAUAAAUUCUUCAAAGCAGUCGUAUUUAAAAAAGAAAAGGUUUAUUUGAUGGAAAUGGGUUCAAGCAUGAAUUCUCCCCCAGCUGAAGUUGAUUCAUGUUUUGAGCCAAAAUAUGCCCUUCGAAUCGGAUUAGGGGUAGAUCCUGACGUUCUUGAGUUUCGUUUACCAUUAGGGUUGAAGAAGGAGCAAAUAGAGCUUUCGUUAGUUACAACUACAAUAACCAAUAAAAAUAACGAUGAAAGCAAAAUUAGAAGCUUGAGGAUGAAAUUGUUGGGGUUGCGUCCAAGGAGUGAUAAUGAAGAGGAGGAGGUGGUAGAGAAGGAGUUUCGCAUUCCAACGGGAGGAAGGUACGAUGAGCAUGAGGAAAUCGAGGCCAGGUUUCAACGUCGAUCCUCCAUUCUCUGUGUCACUCUCCCAAAACGGAUCGGAUGACUUAGGCAUAGUAGGCGGCGGCGACCACAUCUCCGGUGCCGGAAAGGAGGAAUUAUUAUUAUUAUAUCAGGGCAAACCACCAAAUACAUAGCUGCAUCAUAUCAAAUAAUGUCUUAUAAAUGUAUAGCUAGCUAGUGUGUAUAUAUGUUGUACACAACAAUAUAAAAUAACUUUCCAUUCGACUGUUUCAUGUUUCCAUCAUUUGUUUGUUCACAUCAAAUAAUAUCUAUAGCAGAAAUCGCCCUAAAUAAGAGUAAAAACGUAUUGAAAUUCCAAAAUAGGACUAUCUUGUUUUUUAUCCCUUGAAUAUGAGUAAUCUGCCAAGCUUGGGAAAAAAAUGUCAUGUUUAAAGCCUAG